CAGAGCAUCCGCAUGCAGGCAGUGGGCAGCCUCCAUCGCUCAGUUAUAUGGACGCGGACAGACCGGGUGCCUCCGAUGAAUGCAGGCAUGCACCGUGCAGCAUUUAGGCAGGCUGCAGCGUUAACAGAGAGGACCUGUGCAGCUGGAUGGAGCCGUGAGUCCUGGUUAUAUAUCUCUAUGCUGCAAGACCAGUGACAGCUUCUGAUCCCAGCACAAUAGGCUCUUGCACUGCGUGGGAGACAUGAAGAUUUGGAGCUCAGAGCAUGUUUUCAGUCAUCCAUGGGAUACUGUAAUAAAGGCAGCUAUGAGAAAAUACCCUAAUCCCAUGAAUCCUUGUGUAGUGGGAGUAGAUGUGGUAGACCGGAGUCUAGAUAACCAAGGCAGGUUGCACAGCCAUCGCCUGCUCAGCACUGAAUGGGGUCUUCCAAGCCUUGUAAGGGCGAUUCUUGGAAACAGCAGAACAUUGACUUACAUUAAGGAACAUUCCGUAGUGGAUCCUGUAGAGAAGAAAAUGGUUCUCUGUUCAACAAAUCUCACACUUACAAACUUGGUGUCUGUUGAUGAAAAGUUGGUUUAUACCCCCCAUCCUGAGAAUCCAGAAGAGACCAUUCUUAAUCAAGAAGCCAUAAUUACUGUGAAGGGAGUCAGUCUAAGUAGUUACUUGGAGGGAUUAAUGGCUAACACAAUAUCUUCCAAUGCCAAAAAGGGGUGGGAAGCAAUUGAAUGGAUCAUACAAAACUCUGAGAGCACUGUAAGCUAACAGUGCAUGGAUCCACUCUGUCCUGACUAAAGGCAAUAGCUGUGAAAAGUUUGGUGACUUAGGUGGCACAUGUCUAUCAUCAAGAGCAGACAGCAUGAAAACAGGUCCAUUCAACAACAAUAAACAUGCCUGCUUCAGGAAGACUAUUUUGGCACAAAGACUGUCCCACUAUCUUCUGUCAGCACCCUAUGGCAAACCUGUCGAUUUGGGACUGACCUAUUUUUUAUGCAUUUUUAGAAAUAAUUUUAUGCAGUGACUCUUAGAAUAAUAUUUUGCAAUAAAGGCAGAUUUCAUUGUGACUUUUACCUUACCUCAUUGCAAUCAGUGUGACGUACAGCAUAAUACAGAGCAGUUAAAUGGUCGAAGUCACAACAACAGUUUAUCAGAUUUGUUUCUUAAUUUCCUAAUAUUUUCAGAUUCAUGUACCGGACAUAUAUGUACAUGAAUCUAGGCUGCUGGAAUUAACUGCUGAUUCACACUUCAUUUGAUGUUAAAAAUACUCAGUACAACCAUUACAGAAUGUUGAAUGUCUGCACGUCUAAAUCAGGGAUUUUUUAUAUCAUGGCCGUCGAUAUAUUUGAUAGCUGGAAUACCUUGAAAUUGCUUUCAGGCAAUGGAUAUUUUUCACAAGCACUACAGCAGCUCAGUGCUGAUAAUUUAUUUGUAAUAAGCUAGUGGACCAGAUAUUUAAAAAAAAAAAAAAAAAAAAAAAAUACUGACAUGUGUCUGUUGUCAUAAUAUCAUCUGUAUCUAUGCUAAACUAUUCUAAGUGUAUUAAAGAGAAUUUGAAGAAAAAAAAAUAACUAAUUAUCUUUAUAAAUUCUAGCACGUUUCCAUCGAUAACAUUUGCAAUUUAAAUUUUGAGUAUGCUCACGUUAAUAUAUUUUUCAGACAGCCAUUUUGCUGUUACAGGACAUAAAGCCAUAGCAAGCUGGUUGUAAU